AUGGGGAUAUUGAAAGGUCGUGUUGACUUAGCCUACAGAGCAUCAAGCGAUCCACUAAAAAUGCACAGAGCACUCCGCAUAGUGAAGCCCGACACCGACAUCUCUGGUGAUUACACGUGUGUCGUUUCAACAUUCAUGGAAGAGGAUUCAAGAACUAAACAAAUGAUAUGUUUUUGGAAAACAUAUGUAUUUAUUACUCCGAAGAUAGCAAAGACUUCCGCAAAUACCACAAACUAUCCAAAGAGGAACAUCAGAGAGGUUUCCGAUGUGAACGGAAGCGGGUGUCCGUGCGGUUGUCAAUUAGCCUGUUUGUAUCAAGACUGUCCUGUGCAGAACCAUUAA